AUGAAUGCUAAUGAGAAGAAAAAAUUGGCAAACUUGGCAUCUGAUCCAGCAUGGGAACUAUUUCUAAAGUAUGCAGGUAAAGAUGUAAUCAACUCAGAGCCAGGAAUUAAUCAAUUAGCAAGAGAAAUUGUUAAAGAGUGUGCCGGCUUGCUUGCUCUCAUCACCGUUGGCAGAGCCAUGUCCGCAAAGAGGUCAUGGGAUUCUUGGAACGAUGCUCUCAUGCAGUUGAGGCCAUCACAAAUGCCAGAAGUCACGAAGCUUGUUGAUAGUGAACACACGGUAGGUAUCAAGAUGCAUGAUGUGAUCCGAGACAUGGAUUUAUGGAUGGUCUCAGACUGUGGAUCCAAUCAAUACAGACUCCCAUUUCCCCAAACUUUCCAUGCUCAUGCUCCAACGGAACCAUAUGCUACACUUAAUUCCUGGGACAUUUUUCAGGCUUUGCUUGUUUUGGCAUUCUUGGAACUCUCUGGUACAGACAUCGCAGAGCUUUCGAGGGAAAUCAAGAUGUUAUCUGAGCUCCAACAUCUAAACUUGAACUUCACCCCAAUCGUAACAGUACCAACAGAGUUGAGUAGCCUUGCCAAACUUGAGUACUUGCUUCUUGUAGGAACUGAGCGUCUUAUCAAAGUACCUAUGGGAACACUAUCCAACUUACCUUUGCUCAAAUUGUUGGAUUCAUAUGAGAGCAAGUAUGCUAACUUGAAUGAGCUAGAGGAAUUUCAAGGAAGACAAAAAUACAUUGGAAUUACCCUAGACUCAAAGGCAACCCUUGAACGGUUGGGCUCUCUACCACUAUUAUCUAUAUGGAAACUCCAACUACAAGACAUGAGAGACUUAGCUUGUCCAAGCCAACUAUUUGAGAGAAUCAUGAGGAGCGACAACAUAAGGCAGGGUCUUGAACGACUAGAGAUUGUAGAUGCCAUGAUAGAUGAUGAAUUAAUAGUUACCGGGAAUAACAAGGAUAUUGAAAAAGGCUUUGAAUGUUUGAGGUAUAUGGCGCUGACAACUGUCAACAAUUUGCAAGAAAUCACUUGGGGAGCAGUCAAGCCUCAAACAUUGUUUCCUAUUCUUCAUGAAUUGAACAUUUCGGGAUGCAAAAUGUUGAGAAACAUCACUUGGGCUCUUCAGCUACCAAACCACAGUAUCUUUUCCUCUUUUAUGGUCUUAUCAGUUCACUAUGUGUACAAUGCUAACGUCAUAUGUAAAAUACGGUAUUCAAAUAAUAAUUAA